AUGGGUAGAGCCGAAGUUGGCCAAGUUGUGGCUACUACAAGGAGUAGACAGCUCCUAUCAGACACUGGUGCCUUUGCUGACUGGGCCACCUCUAACUCUUCUGGUAUCCGUACCGCUGGUCCAGACGACCUUUCACUCGGCUUCAAUGCCGGUCCCACCGCCGCUGCUGGAGCCGCCGGCCAAACAUCCGGUACAACAUGGCCUAAUUCAGCCCGGUCCAUCAACUACAGCAUCCCUCCAGAAAUGGGCAUGGUGGGCCUUCGCGACGUCUUCGUUGUGGCUCCUGCUACUUCCUUCAACCACCACCACCACCACCACCACCAGCAUCAUGAGCAAAUCAAUCUUUCAGCAGCAGAUCCAAUCAAUGCUUCCAAUGCUACAGCUCUUGGGGUUGGUGUAGGUGUUGGCGUCAUUCCACUCCUUACCGCGGCGCCUUGUCUUACGCCACAAAACAUGGAUGAUCAAGAUUUGUUGAAUAAUGGUCGAAACAAGAUUAGUGGAAUUCACCAGUUUUGGCAAAACCAAGGCUCUCAAUAUAUCAAGAAACCUUCUAAUACCACUCCUUCGAUUCUUGAUCAUCACAAUAAUUCUUCUACAGCGAAUCUACUACUGCAAAGUGGAAAUAGUGGGGGUAAUGGUAGUGGAAAUUAUGGAGGGAAUUCAUCAUCGUCUGCUACAACUACGUGUCAAGAUUGUGGAAACCAAGCGAAGAAAGAUUGUAGCCAUAGAAGGUGUAGGACGUGUUGCAAAAGCCGCGGUUUUGAUUGUGUUACACAUGUGAAGAGCACGUGGGUACCGGCUGCGAGGAGGAGAGAGCGCCAGCUUAUGGCAACUGCUGGCGGUGGUGGUGGUGCUGGUUCUACCGGGUCUACUUCUGGUGUCAAGAAACCUAGACUUAUAAACUCUCAAACCACUACAACUUCUCAUACAUCCACUUCUAAUACUACUCCUCCAAGGAGCUUCGACACGAGCUCUAGUCACCAAGGUUUUAGAGUUUAUCAGUCUAUUAUCCUCUCUAUAAAAACCUGA